AUGACAACGACGUCGGCGCUGGAGCAGCUCGCAGAGGUCUCGAGCCAGGAAGCCCCGCUGACGAAGCGGCUGCGCCACGUCGGGUCGCCGGGCGCCGAGUACGACGUCCUCGAGAGCAUCAUGGCCAUCGGCCGCGCCUACGACGAAAGCUACACGAGCAGCCCGGACGCGGUCGUCGACGUCGACUUGGGGAAGAAGGGCCUGCGCCGCGCCGGGCGACGCCUCGAGGCUAGCCCGAGCACAGAUGACGAGCGACCUGCGACGCCGGCGACCCGCGCUGGCGACGGUCGCAAUGUCGAGCAUGCCCAAAACGCGGCCCCAGCUUUGGCACAGGAGGCGCUGGCAAACCGUGUGCGUCAUUGGAAGGUCGUGGCUGGCGAGCUCAAGGACAAGCUCGAGGAGCUCGUCGAGACGAAUGGAUUCAUCUUCACCGACGAUUGCAUUCUGCAGCGCUGCCUCGACUUUGCGGCGUCCAUCCAGAUCUGUAGCUUCCCGCCGGUAACACCGCCGCAGGAUGAGGGGGCAUCGCGAUCACUGCGCCACAACACUGUCGCGCAGCAACCCGACCACUUUACGACAUUGCGCCUCGCGUCGGCGCAGAUUGCGAGUCCCCUUAAGCGCACCCCGGCCAAGGUUGUGCGGCCUGUGACGUUGGCCACAUUAUCGAAAAAGCGCAAGAUCGAGCCCGAGGAUGAGCCUAGCGACGACGACGUCAAGAAUGAGGAUGCCGACGACGAGUUCAGCGACCCGUUCGACCCGUCGCGCUGCUAUCUGUGCGGUCUCGAGCAGCACGACGCGCCGCUCCUCUCGUGUUGCAAUGCCCACUGUGGCAAAGUGGUCCACCGCUUCUGCGUCGGUCUCGAGCAGUCGCCCAAGAAGCCAUGGCCGUGCCCGUCGUGCUCGGGGUCGCCCACGAUCGAGGUCUGCGCCGCACUCCACUGCAAGCGCAAGAGUUCGCGCCGGUACUGCAUCGUUCACAGCUGUCGCUUCCACGGGUGCGACUUUCGCCUCCGGGGUCGCGGGUACUGUCGUCGCCACGACACGUCCCAGAAGCGCACCAUGGCGCUCGCGGCCACCAAGUGACUUUGAUGGCACCCUAUUUUAUUCGAUUGCAACACGGGAUCCUCAAC